UUGGCGGCAGAAGAAACUGCGGCCACGGAACCAGCAGCCCCAAAACACACCACCCUCUCUGCAGCCGCGGAGGGAGUUGCAGCCGCCGUAGACGUACAGCAGGCCGCGGAGAAACCGAAGAAAAGCAAGCCGCGGAGGAGUCGCAGGGGUGGGAAGAAAAGGGAUACCUUCAAGAACCAGCUAAGAAAAGCACUCUUGCUCUACGACACCGUAGCCAUGGAAAGCGACUCCGGCUCGGCCAUGGACGCGAGCGCGCCGCCGAGCCGCGCGCCCUCCAUACGACCCGAGAGCCCGGCCAUGGCGACGACGCACUCGGUAAAUUCCCUGGUCGAGACGAACACGCAGCGCAGCGACUCGGCCUCCGAGCUCGCGCCGGCGCAACCUCCGGGGUUUCUCGGUCCAAGAGUGGUAAGGAAGCGCGACCGCUGGUCCGACGGUGAAAGUGAUAGCAUGGCGCCGCCGGCGAAGCGGCCCGAGCCCGACGCCAUUUCGGACAUCGGCGCGCCGUCCGAGCUCGGCGCCAACGCGUCGGCGUCCGAGGCCGAGGAGGCGCCGGCGCCGGCGCCGCCGGCCGAGGACGCAUCAAUAGCGGAGACGGAGCGCUACGUCCGGCUGGCCCUCGACGCGCACGCGCGCAGCGCGCCGCCGCGGCGCCAGGAGACGAUCGCGCGGCCGCCGUCGCCGCGGCGGAGCCGGGACGCGCAGCGGGCGCCGCCGCCGCCGCCGGCCCAGCAGUACGGCCCGGGACCCGGGGGCGGCGCGCCGAGCUACCACGAGCAGCUCGCGCAAGCUAGAGCGCGCGGGCCCGUGGCGUACACGCCGCCGAGCACGGGCGCCGGGGCGGGCUGGGUCCCGAGCGGCCGCUCUGGCGGUGGUGGUGGACAGUACGGGCCGGGCGGCGGCUUCGGCGGCAACCAGUACGGAGGACCGCCCCGCGGGUAUCCGCAGCAGCGCGGCUACGGCUACGGCGGGCCUCCUCCGCGCGGCUACGGCAACUAUGGGCCACCGCCUGGGCAGUACCCGCCGCGCGGCUAUCCGGGAGGGUAUGGUCCCCCGCCCGGCCAACAGUACCCGCCGCAGCAACGCGGCUACGCGCGGAGCGGGCCGCCGCCGCCGCAGCGCUGA